GACGGUUCAGUUUCAUUCGAGCACAUACAAGGGUGUAGAUCGAGGGAUUUGUAUAAUACCUGGAGAGACCUGUCUCAAAGCUUAACCUCGGACUGCACUUGUACAGAGCGUUCAGAGAGCUGUGUGCUCCUCAGAAGCACUCCUGUGUAUCAGCACCUUAUGGAUCCUACCUCACCUUGUACUGGACCUGCCGUUCCCCAUUAUGUUCAAUUACCUACUACCCAUGGAGGAAGCAGAGGAUGUAUGAUUGUACAUAAACGCUUCGAGAAAUCAGAGUCAGAAGAUUCUGGUGUGGAGAUACCACCCGCCUCUCCUUUUGGAUCUGAGAGUAGCUACAAUCUAGAUGAAUCAGAGAGUCUGGAAAGCUCCACCCCGGAGUAUUCUGAGAGUUUGGAUAGUCCCACCGCUGAUGAUCCGGGAAGCCCCAAAAAGACUACCAUUGAAAACCAAGGUUCCUUAGCGCGAUUGGAGGAGACACUCCUAUUGGAACAGUCAUCUCGUAAGAAGGCAGGGAGCUUUAAAAUGCAUCCAGACGAUGAUAUAGAUGCAAUGGAAUGUUUUUUCACCCAGCAACGGGAAAGAGACGUAUCGGGUGUGCCCCAUAAGCUGGAGCAGGCCAUCCUCAGGAGCAGGAGACAGAGGAGCACUAGCAGAGAGUCCAUUCAGAGCAGAACAACAAGGUACAGCCGUCAGUCUGUGGGAACAUUGAAAGACCAACGUAGAGGAAAAGCCUUCUCCUACCAAACAAGAAGCCCAACACGUCAAUGUCAGGAAAAUAAGGACCAGGACCCACUGAUUCUUCCAGGAAAUGGUCUCCGCUACCUGGAAAGCCUAUGUCAGAUGUUAGAGCAAAUUGCGGAGCUGCAGCAGAAGAAUCAAAGACUUCAACAAGAGAAAAGGGAAGCAGAAGGAAGGCUGAACAAUCAAGUGCUCUUUCUAGAUGCCUGCGUAUGUGGCGCCUCUCGUGACUCCAGGGAUAUGGAUAAUGACCUGACAGAUAACCCCCAUCCCAAAGAGAGGACCUGGGAACCAACGCACUACAGGAAGAGAUCAAGUUCUCAUGCUGGGGUGCUCCUCAGCAUGGCCAGACCCACAGACAAUGGCUUGAGAGAAGCAGACAAAACAGCCUCGCAGUAUGUAAGCGUACCAAACCUGCAAGAGGAGAAGGCACAGAGGCCACAACGAAACUGCAAAGCUGAAGCAUCGCAGUGGUAUAAAGUAAAGGAUAUGCUCUCUAGGCUCGCAGGGAGAGGUGCAGGACCGCUUCAUGGGGGCAGACAUACAGUGGAACCACCCACCAGCUGCAGGACGCAGACAUUGCUAGAGGGAAAUCCUCAACAUCCGAAAAGAUUAUUUCUGCCUGGACUGGUUAUCAGACCUCGGAACCAUGACCGACAGCUUCACUGAGGACUGAUACACUUGAAAGCACUGUAGAAGAAGGAUUCACUUCAGUGACAUGCUGAGAAGAGUCUGGAAGAAACGCACCAGUAUCUGGGAACAUUAACAUUGGCACUAAGUGUCACCUCCUCCAUAGUUAUACUUUGCACAGUACUAGUCAAGGCUCCGAUGUCCUACGGAUCGAGUUAUUGAGGUGUACAUCAGGAGGACAUCUAGACAUUAUGGAGCAGAGAGGCGCUGUAGAUGUAUUAAUAUGUACAUAAGGAAGAAUCUCUAAAUUAUAGAUUAUGAAUUAUUGGGAUUAAAAUAUUAAGGUUAUGUUAUUUCUA